AUGGCACAAAGGCGAUAUUUUAAAAUGGUUGGCGAACCGGCGAUGCAACAGAUACACAAAGGUGACACUGUUCAGCUGCAGCGCAAAGGAUUUUACAUAUGCGAUUCUGAUUAUGCACCGAAAAGCGGUUUUUCUGGUUCUGAAUUACCGAUGGUUUUGAUAGCUAUCCCGGAUGGCAGUAAACCCACUACAGCUACGCAACAGACAACUGCAUGUCCGGCCGUCGACAAAAUAACGGCAGUAAAUGGCAACAUUUCCACAAAUGGCGACAUCCGGGCAGGUCAGUUGUAUAUUUUGCUUGUCUUUCAUGUUUGCUUGUCUAAAAUCGCACAUAUUAGAACCUUGCACGUCUUCAAGUACAUUUUUUUUGCAGUCUCUGCGGAUGUGACGACGCUUUACAAGCAGGUGGAGGAGCAGGGAGCUCUUGUGCGCUCUUUGAAGGCAUCUGACCCAAAAGCUGCAAAAACGAAGGAUGCAAUUGCCAAGCUUCUGGAACUGAAGAAAGCUUAUAAAGAAUUAUCCGGAGAGGACUACAAACCCGACACAGCACCGGUUCAGCAGGCAGCUGCUGCUGGAAUUGAAACUGUCGAGGAACUGUAUCGAAGAAUUGAGGAACAAGGAAAUCUUGUUCGGUCUUUAAAAGCAACUGAUUCUAAAAGUGAAGAAACGAAAGCCGCCAUAGCAGUAUUGCUGGAGCUUAAAAAACGGUAUAAAGAAGCGGCAGGUGCGGAAUAUAAGCCAAGACCAGAGGCGCACAAGCAACAGCAGCAACAACAACAACAUGUGAAAGAGAAAAGUGCCGCUGAAGAUCUUUAUAAGCAGAUUGAAGAACAAGGUAGUCCAACACUUUCUUUAAUUUAUUACGGCUUUUAG